GAAAUUGGCACCCACUCUCUUACAAGACACGUACCCUUUUCAGUUACCAUACAAAAGCAAACCACUUGCGGAUGACGUGUAAACUAACUCCCCACCCAUUCUCGAUCUUUGCUUCUUUCCCCCCCCACACAUAUAUCCCCACCAUGUAAUCUUCUUCUUUUCCAAACACAACGCAAAAGCAAAUUUACACAGAGAAUAAAGAGAAAGAAGAUCGAUCAUCUUCAUCAUCAUCAUCAUCAGAAGAAGAAGAAGAUCCAAGAAGCACCAUUUCUCAUUGCAUGAAAGAAAAACGCACCAGAAUGGAUCGUGACCACCAAGAUUCAGCUCCAUGCAGUACUCGCAAGAAAACCCAUAAGACUGAUCAACAAGAAAGCCGUAAUGAUCAUAAAGAGCAUACACAAAGGUUGUCUUCAGAAACCCAUCAGCGAGAAAAGUACCAGGAAACAGCAUUAAUGCCAGCUGUUGCCGCCGAGGCCAUGCCGCCGGCCGAGGACGCAGGAGUACGUGAGAGGCUGAAGAGGCAUAGCGUUGAAGUGGCGGGUCGGGUUUGGAUUCCUGAUAUAUGGGGCCAGGAGGAGCUCUUGAAGGAUUGGAUAGACUGCUCUGCGUUUGAUGCUUCGUUAGUCCCCACCGGAAUCAUGUCGGCCCGUGAAGCUUUGGCCGAAGAGGGAAGGAGAGCAAACUCUAGCGGAUUAAGAAUAGAAAACAGAGAGGAUGAGGACCGGCAAGUGAACAUAUAGAAUAAUGUAAGGCAGUCAGAAGGAGGGGGAAACAAAGCAGGGACACGAUAUUGAAUAUAUUUAUAUAUAUAUAUAUAUAUAUAUAU